CCAGGCGGCAGCGGCGAAGGGGAAGGAAAGAGGAUUUGAGCUGGGGGCGGGGCUUGCGGUACAGCGUGGCUCCUGAUUGUUGGAGCGCGGCUGCCAAUCUCGCAGAAUCGCUCGGUUAACCAGUGCGCUGGCGAGACGCGCUCAGAUAUACUGAGUGAGCCCUGAGAAGCAGUCUCAGAUCCUGACGGUGCAGCAGCCCGCAGCCUCAGCCAGGGAGUCCCAGCCGCUUUCAAUGGAGGAGAAGCCCGGCCAGCCACAGCCUCAGCACCAUCACAGCCACCACCAUCCGCACCAUCACCCUCAGCAGCAGCAGCAGCAGCCGCACCACCACCACCAUUAUUAUUUCUACAACCACAGCCACAACCACCACCACCACCAUCAUCACCAGCAGCCUCACCAAUACCUGCAGCAUGGAGCCGAGGGCAGCCCCAAGGCCCAGCCAAAGCCGCUGAAACAUGAGCAGAAACACACCCUCCAGCAGCACCAGGAAACGCCGAAGAAGAAAACAGGCUAUGGUGAACUAAACGGUAAUGCUGGAGAAAGAGAAAUCUCUUUAAAGAACCUGAGUUCUGAUGAAGCCACCAACCCUAUUUCCAGGGUCCUCAAUGGCAACCAGCAAGUUGUAGACACUAGCCUGAAGCAGACUGUAAAGGCCAACACCUUUGGGAAAGCAGGAAUUAAAACCAAGAAUUUCAUUCAGAAAAACAGUAUGGACAAAAAGAAUGGGAAGUCUUAUGAAAAUAAAUCUGGAGAGAACCAGUCUGUAGAUAAGUCUGAUACUAUACCAAUUCCAAAUGGUGUGGUAACAAAUAAUUCUGGCUAUAUUACUAAUGGUUAUAUGGGUAAAGGAGCAGAUAAUGAUGGUAGUGGAUCUGAGAGUGGAUAUACAACUCCUAAAAAAAGGAAAGCUAGGCGCAAUAGUGCUAAGGGUUGUGAAAACCUUAAUAUAGUACAGGACAAAAUAAUGCAACAAGAGACCACUGUCCCAACCUUAAAACAGGGACUUGAAACUUUCAAGCCUGACUAUAGUGAACAAAAGGGAAAUCGAGUAGAUGGUUCGAAGCCCAUUUGGAAGUAUGAAACUGGGCCUGGAGGAACAAGUCGAGGAAAACCUGCUGUGGGUGAUAUGCUUCGGAAAAGCUCAGAUAGUAAACCUGGUGUGAGCAGCAAAAAGUUUGAUGAUCGGCCCAAAGGAAAGCAUGCUUCAGCUGUUGCCUCCAAAGAGGACUCAUGGACCCUAUUUAAACCACCCCCAGUUUUUCCAGUGGACAAUAGCAGUGCUAAAAUAGUUCCUAAAAUAAGUUAUGCAAGCAAAGUUAAGGAAAACCUCAACAAAACUAUACAGAACUCUUCUGUGUCACCAACUUCAUCUUCAUCAUCAUCAUCAUCUACUGGGGAAACUCAGACCCAAUCAUCAAGUCGCUUGUCCCAGGUCCCUAUGUCAGCGCUGAAAUCUGUUACUUCUGCCAACUUUUCUAAUGGGCCUGUUUUAGCAGGAACUGAUGCAAAUGUUUAUCCUCCAGGGGGUCAGCCACUGCUAACUACUGCUGCUAACACUCUAACACCCGUCUCUUCUGGGACAGAUUCAGUUCUCCAGGACAUGAGUCUAACUUCAGCAGCUGUUGAACAAAUUAAGACUAGCCUUUUUAUCUAUCCUUCAAAUAUGCAAACUAUGCUGUUGAGCACAGCACAAGUGGAUCUGCCCUCUCAGACAGAUCAGCAAAACCUGGGGGAUAUCUUCCAGAAUCAGUGGGGUUUAUCAUUUAUAAAUGAGCCCAGUGCUGGCCCUGAGACUGUUAUUGGGAAGUCAUCAGAGCAUAAAGUGAUGGAGGUGACAUUUCAAGGAGAAUAUCCUGCCACUUUGGUUUCACAGGGUGCUGAAAUAAUUCCCUCAGGAACUGAGCAUCCUGUGUUUCCUAAGGCUUAUGAGCUGGAGAAACGGACUAGUCCUCAAGUUCUGGGUAGCAUUCUAAAAUCUGGGACUACUAGUGAGAGUGGAGCCUUAUCCUUGGAACCCAGUCAUAUAGGUGACCUGCAGAAAGCAGACACCAGUAGUCAAGGUGCUUUAGUGUUUCUCUCAAAGGACUACGAGAUAGAAAAUCAAAAUCCUCUGGCCUCUCCUACGAACACUUUGUUAGGCUCUGCCAAAGAACAGAGAUACCAGAGAGGCCUAGAAAGGAAUGAUAGCUGGGGUUCAUUUGACCUGAGGGCUGCUAUUGUAUAUCACACUAAAGAAAUGGAAUCUAUUUGGAAUUUGCAGAAGCAAGAUCCCAAAAGGAUAAUCACUUACAAUGAAGCCAUGGAUAGUCCAGAUCAAUGAAGGACCAGACUGCCUAUUCGUAACCUUUCUGCAGCAUUAGAGCCAUCGUUCAUGGGGGACACAAGGCUUUUAUGCUCCUAGAUCUUCAACGCAGCAGAGGAACCAUAAGUAGAAUCACAGGAUAAUAUAUACAAAUAUAUAUAUAUACAUAUAUAUAUAUAUAUAGUUAUUUAAAAAAAGGCAACUGAAAGUAAUUAGACUUCUUAAGGAAUCAAAUUUAUUUCAAGAGACUACACAUGGUUAUUUAAUCUCCGGUACUGAAUAGGUUUUUUUUCUUCUGUUAGUUUUUGUUUUUAAGUGUGAAUGCAAGUGAUUAAUGAAUACAGACUUAACAAGUGUGGUUCUAAAGUUCCUGCUGUCAUCAACUUGGGCAACAAAUGACCCACUGGAAAGGCAAAUCCACUUAAAAGAUCUCUGUAUCUUGUUCUGUGACUGAAGUGAUACACUAAUCACGGGGAACCCAGAAUGAUUCAACAUUUUCCCCCACUCCUCCCUUGAUCUUUUUGGUUUUACUUUAAUUAAGCCCUGCGAGAAUGCUGGAUAAAUGCCUUGAAGUUAGCAGGGUGUAUUUUUUUAGCGAAUAUGAUUUGCAUGUCUUGCCAGGAGUUAAGCGGCCUCUGUGGGGUGUUGGGGGAAUACUUUAUUUCUUUCCAUUUAUUUUUUGUGGGGUGGGGGGAUAGGGGAGGGCAUUGAAGUUCUACAAUUCUGGAAUAGUUGAUGGUACAUAGUUAACUUGGCUUCGGUUACAUAUUGGACUUUAACAACUGAAGAAUCUAUGCGUGUCAUUUAAAGAAAAGUUGCAGAACAAGCAAUUGGCUUAGAUAUACAAUCUGGAAAAAUAUUCCUGUGCCCAUAUUUUAAUGUAAUUGUAUAACUGGGAGCAAAAAUAUAUUCUGCUUUUCAACUGUAGGUGCUCCAGACUUGCUCUCUGUCACUAACACUAAAUGUGCUGUUUUCCUUGUUUUUCAUCAAACAUUUAAGACAAACUUAGACCUUUCUGUAAAUUCUCUUUUAAUUUCUCAAAAAAAUCUAAAAGGGGAAGUAAAAAGUCCAUGAAAACUAAAACUUUUCAUGUUUUUAGCCAGUGAGAAGGUAAUAAACCCUGACUGUAGAAGGUGUGUUUUCAUGCAAACUAUACUUCUGAGCUUAUUAGCUUCUAAUUAUAUCUUAAUAAAUAUAUUUUAUUACUAGAGCAAGAUGGGUUUUUAAGGAAAAUAAUGUGAAAUUCUGGAAAUUUUCUUUGGGGCAGAGAAGAGCAUUAGCCCUGUCUUAUCAUUACAUUGCCAUCCUGUUGCACUGCAGCUUGUGUAUAGCAUGCUAAAAUAAAUUUUUGUGUGUGUGUGCAGAAAUUAAGGGUCCAAUUGAGAUUGGGUGAUGUUAGCAUAAUAACAAGUUGUCUGGCCUGACACAGCAUCACAUCACACACACAGAAAUUAGUAUAUCCAUGUAUGUCAAAUACAGGUUAAAAUAUCAGGGCAUUUAUAUAAAGAGUUGUAGUCUUCUGAUAAAAGUAGACUGGAUCCCCUGGGGUAUUUGGGGAGAAAGUAACUACUUUUGCUCUACCCCUAGAAAUGUCCAGUUUUGAGUGACUGUAGUAUGGAUGGGUUUUCUUGUUUUGUUGAUUAUUUGAGGCUUUUAAAACAAGUAGUUCAUGAAAGAAGCUGUUGGACUCAACAUAGAGUAGAGUAACUAUCUUUUUAGUCUGGAUUUCUGCCCUGCUUAGAUUUUAAAAGUAUAAGCAUGGAUUGCCAAUUCCACUUGAUGUAAACAAAACUUUUUUUUAUACAUAAUAUAUAUAUAUAUAUAAAAUAACUUAUUGUAUCAGUCCAGGUUCAGAAACUUGUGGUAGGCCAGUUCCAGAUAGUUUCAUUUCACCUGUAAACUGUAUCACUUUUACUGAUAUUGUAAUUUUCAAAUGUAUAAUAUGUUUACAGAUGUGCCCUGCAUUUAGUCUGCCUUGUUCCUAUUUUGAUUUUUGUUGAGUCUCCUGCCUGCUUGCCAAAAGCUAGGAUGCUUCAGGCCCAUGUACAAUUGAAAGCAGAGGCAUCCUUGAGCUUUAAAGCAUUGAACAAACUGGAAAAUGCAACAUACCACAUAACUGAAGUGAAAAAAGUCUGUGUUUUUGUGUUUUUUUUUAAUAAAAAUUUUCAAAAAGUUUAAAAAAAACAUAUAAGGUUGAUUAAAGGGAAAAAAGGCUCCAGUUUGUUUUACAGGUUUUAAAGUUCUGCUGUGUGUUCAAUUGCCUUGUGUAACCACUUGUCGCCUUAGGGCCAGAUUCCCCUCACCACUCCCCCUUUUUAAAUGUCCAUUUUGCUUGCCUGGAAUUUUAAAGUUCUUCUGUCUCACAACUCACAAGAAACUUUCUGGGUUUGUGACAUACAGAGAUUGAAUGAAUAUAUAUUUGAAAACGAAAAAAAAAAGACAAACCCAGCCCCCACCUGAAUUGGGCUUUUUAACUUAGAAGCAACACUUGAUUGAACAUCUUUAGAAAGCUGUUGCUUUUCUAAUUUCUUUCCAUAUCCCUCAGGCCUCAGUGUUUGGAGAAGCCAAAAAGAAUGUAUCACUUCUCUGUCUGUCCAAAGGUUUUUGAGAGUCUCACUUUUAAAUGAAACAAUGCAACAUUUCACUUUGAUUUCUCCACUGAAAUUUCCUUGAUUAUAUGGUUAGAGGUAUGUAGUUAGGAAUGUCUGUUAACUUUCUGAGAACCCUAGUGCCCCAUCAUAUUAACUGGCAGUAUUUUGGGGGCAUUAGGUUAAUAGACUUAAUUGCCUAGGUACAAGCAGGACUUUGGGACAAAUCUCUUUGUGCUGUUUGGUAACACUUAACUCUAUUUGUUGCAAUCUUUCUCCUUAGGUCCUCACACAAUUCCUUACAGAGCACUUAUUAAAAAAAAAAAAAAUCUUAAGAGUUGAUCUGUUUUCUGAUUAUUUUGUGUAAGCUUCUAAACAGACUUCAGCUGUGAUUAAUUUAGCACAUUUAAGUAACGUGUUAUUGUUUGGUAUAAAGAAUUUUCCUCCAACUCAGAGUAUUAGUACUGUAGCAUAAACCAAAUACAGUCUAGAGGGGAUUUUUAACAUCCCUCCAUUAUAAAGACUGAAAAAGGGGUGUGUGUGUAUGUAUGUGUAUGUGUGUGUUGAAUGUGUGUGAGGAAAAGAUGGAGAUAUUAAAAAUUAGUAAAUGAAUGUGUAUAAGACAUUAGUAUUCAGAGAAUGAACUUGUAUUUAUUUUGUGCCAUUUGUUUUCAUUACACAGAAAAAAGUCAGGUGGUUUAAAUCCUUAAAAGGGUAGUAUUGAAAAAUGGCACUAAGAAUGAAAUUAUGACCUAUUUUUUUAAUAGCUAUGAAGAUACUAAUUAUGGGUGAAGAUUUCUUUUCAAAUCUGUUUUGAUUAUUGUAGGCUUCUGUGUCACAUACCACUCUUGUAGGUGUCCUCAAUAAUCCCUUUUUCCCGCAAAACACACAGGGUGUAUUAUCUUUCUCUUUAUUCACCCUCACUUUGCUGAACUGAAGUUAAUUACAUAGCCUUUCUUCUAACCUCCUUAGUAAUGAACCUUCACAUAAAGUGUAUUUACAGCAUCUGUGGUAGCCAGCCCUUUCUCCUCUACUUUCUAGGAGGGGAUUAAAUUCCAAUAACUAGGAAUUUAAUAACAGAUUUUUUUUUCUUUGAAAUAAAUGGCCAGAGAGUUUCUCCAUUUUAGAAUUUUGCUGUCCUCCUUAGUCAUCUGCUUACCUAGUCAUUACUCAAUCUGCAGAAACUUCAUAAAGGAAAAGUGCUGCAUUGUUUUACAAAUAACAGUUUUAGGGAAAACCUCAACUAUGGGAGUUGUCCACAAUACAAAUUUUCAAAAAACAUUACAUAGCGGUAAUUUCAUACUCGGUUGUUAGACUUGUUGCUUCCCCACAUCAGAGGCAUCUAAUGAUUUAUCUUUUGUAAUUGCUGUAAACUUUUUAAAAUAAAGCCAUUUAGUGUGAAAUUGUCAGGUAUCAAAUGGCUAUUGGAAAGGGACUUUACUCAAUUUUAAUUCCACUGUAAAUAAGGAGGGAGUCAUUCCUGCGAGGGUCUCUUCAGAGAAAUAGGUUAAAAGUCCAAUUUCCAGGUAUUAUGAGUGUAGUUAUGCCACUGGGCCAUAUCCUCAAAUAACAACAGCUGAUCCCUCUUGUAUAAAUAUGUUAACUGUGCAGAACAGUUAUGCUAUAGGACAAAUACAAUGGUCCUUAGGGUCAGAUUGGUUGAUGCCACACCAGUCAAGGUAGAGUCUGAUAGGGCAGUAUCUUAAUAACCCUACCCAUGACUUAACUGUUGGAUUUGAAAGGAAAACGUAGGAUUUGCUCUCCUCCCCUUCACCCCCACAAAAUUUUGAUAAUUUGUUUAAAAGGGAGAGGCAGAGGAAAAGAUUAGAAGCAUAAAUAGCUGCUCUAAGUUUGCCAGAGGCACAUAGCUUAACAUUAGUUCUUAAUAUCGAUGUUAUUUUUUACUAAUGUCAUUAGUCAACAGAGCACCAAGAUUCUUUCAUGGUGAAAAAGGUGGGCUUCUGUUUUGGUAUUUUAAAAUGUUUCUUUUAAAAUAUAUAUCACCUGUGUGAGAACCGGGACCACCUGGGAGAGUGAUGAAUCAUUGGCUCUACUCAAAAGCAUUGCUUUACUGAGUUUUAAAUUUCACACCGUUUUGCUGCUCAAGAAAGGUCUUAAAGUAGUUAAAGGAUGCCAGCAAUAGUCCGAAUAGAAUUUUCGGUUGUCUGCAUGAUAAAAACACCCAGUGCAGCAUGAUUGGAAUAUUGCUUUUGCAUUACUGGGAGUGGUACAUCAGUUAUGGGCUAGAAACUAUGGAACAGCCAUCCUGGGAUGCUGAUUCAGACUUCCCUAUUUAUCCAUACAAUUUUGUUAUGUCCAGAGUUCUAAAGCCAUUUUAUAAUACUGCAGUAUCCCCCCCCCUCUUUUUUUUUUUUUUUGAGACGGACUCUCUGUUGCCCAUACUGGAGUACAGUGGUGCAAUCUUGGCUCACUGCAACCUCCACCCCCUUGGUUCAAGCAAUUCCCCUGCCUCAGCCUCCCGAGUAGCUGGGAUUACAGGCGCACACCACCAUACCAGGCUAAUUUGUAUUCUUAGUAGAGAUGGGGUUUCACCAUGUUGGCCAGACUGGUCUUGAACUCCUGACCUCAGGCAAUCUGCCCACCUCGGCCUCCCAACGUGCUGGGAUUACAGGUGUGAGCCACCGUGCCCGGCCAAGUAUCCCUUUUCUACAGCCUUACUAAACUAGCUACAAACAUUUAUUUUCCAAUUUAGUUUUACUUUCAGUGCAUAUCAAAGUUAUACUCUUCAGACCAACAAACUAACUUGAGGGCAAAUUAUAUAGCUUUCCGUAUACCCUUUUUUCCUCAGGUGCUAAUCAAAGGCUCUGAAAAUGGAUACUGCUUUAGUAAUGUCUGCAUUAUUCUUAAAAUGCUUAUUUCUUUUGCUAGAUGUAAAGAUUUGGUGUUAACGAAAGUGGUUUUAAUAUGUAAAUAUGAAUGAAUGCCUUUAGUUUAUCCUGUUUGUCUAUUAUUAUUAGUCUGUUUUCAUUUAUCCUUCAUAGAGGAGGAUCCUUUCAUGAUCUUGAAUACAUUUCAUUAGAUACUGUUGCAUUUUAAGAAUGAAAAUACAACUGUUUUCUGUCUUAGAUUAAUCCUGCUGCUGCUAUGAGAAACUGAAAAUCAAGAAUGUGAUGCACUUUUUACAUUACUAUAUACCAUACAUAUACCAUAGGUUGCUUUGAUACCUUUACUGUAGCACAGCCACUAACAAGAGUGAGUGAAUUAUAAAAUUCUCUUUGGGAGGGAAUCAGUACAAGUAACUAAUUCUUAGCUGAUAUUGGCCUAUGAAGGACAAUAACUUAGGAAUAUAAGAAUUCUGUUAAUAGUAGUACACUUUUUGGCCUUAAAUGUCUUCUACUACUGAAAAUAGUUUAAAUCUUAGCUUUGUUUCUAUUACUCCCUCUCUCUGCCUCAGAAAGAGGAAUUGGGAAGAAUGGCUUAAAGGAUGUGGUGUCAUUGAUUUGUUGCUGAUCUUUUAGAAAACAUUUGUCUAUGUAAGCUGGGGACUUAAUUUUGUUUGUAUAUAGAGAAGAAAUAAUGCUGCCCUGAACCAAUCAGAUUUAGUUUAAAUCAAAUCAAUCAAAACUCCAACUAUUCUGUUUCUCUUGUCUUUUUACUUAGCAAAGGAAAACUUUAGCAAGAAUGCUACUUGACAAGAAGAAAAGUCAUUUCUCAAGCACAUACCCAAACUUGAAGGUGGUGAUUGAACCCAAAAUAAUGGGUGGGAAACACCAAAUGAGGUGGAGGAAUAUGAGAAAGAUGUGUGGGCCAAAGCUAUCUGGUUAUAUUUUGAUGUUGCCAAUAUCGCAAAGCCAAAAUUUUAAUUUGCUUAUUUAAUAUAUUUGUUGGCCAGAGAUCUAUUUUUAUAUCAAUGUGCCUUGCGUGUAUAUUAAAAAAAAAGAAUUGGAAAGGCCAUGUAGUAAUGCCUGAGAUAGUUGAUGGUUCUUACCACCUCACUAAUUUUUAUGCAGUAUGAAAUGCUCAUUCUAUUGCCCAACUGGUGCUCUCUGUUUAAAGUUAUAGAUCUUGUCAAACUGGAACUAUUUUAUAAGCUGGGGAAGUGAUUUACUUUUUUUGUUGUGUCUUUUUUGUUCUUAAUCUAUUAGUGGCUGUCCUGUAGUGGGAAAUAAUUAAAGGAUUCUUCACUCCCUUUUCUUCUCCCUUCAGCACCUUCUUCAAGUAAACAUUUCUUGUGUGCUUUGAAAAAAGUUUCAGCUUGCUGUCUCUUUUAGUGUUUUAAAGAAGUGUUAUACAAAGCAUUGUUUGCAAAAUGUAGGGAAAUAAUGGAGUCCACUUUAAUUUGGAAUUCUGCGUGAGCUAUGAUCCAAGUUACCAGCUCUUUCCAACUUUAAAAAUUUUGUUAAAAGCACCUUGCUUAGAAAAUUUAAAAUAUUUAUGUCUGCAACAAUUGUCUCAAAAUAAUAAACUGUGCAAUUCUUGUCAUUAAAAAAAAAGAUCUGAAUUCUCCCUAAUGUGACUUGUUAGUUUCUCUCUGUAUUUCCUGCCAGUGUAAAUGUGAAAGCUUUGCUUGCAUUACGUUUUAGAAAUGCAUUUUGCACACUCGAAUUUUGCCGAAGCUCCGUGAAAAGGUUAGAUCUAAGUAGAUGAAUAAAGCUAUGCACAUGUUUUGAAAGUUUAAUUUGUGUGUCAUUACCAAAAGUGACCGAUUUGUCCUUAUUACUUUGCUGUUCUCAGCUUUACCAUCUUUGGAAACUUGGCUCAAAGUUAUAUAGGUCUGGGCUAGCUCAUCAGUGGAACUAGGAGAGAGGAAAACUGGCACCUAUUUUAAUAAAGUUCAAUUUAAACGAGAGCUUGACUUGUAUCUAUUAAAGGGCUUUUCUUGAAACAGGGCAGUUUUAUCAGCUUUACAAAUCAUUGGAUGCUCUUCCUUAGUAAUAUUUUGGUUUAUUUGAUCAAAUAGAAAUGGAAAGUAAUUCAAACUGAAAGACCCUUUUUUGUCACAUGGAACUUGGUGACAAUUUUAUGUCUUAAAGCUGGUUUAAAGGUAGGAUAGCCUUUUACCUUUAUUGCUGUUGCAUAAAUUUGGUUUACUGAAUUGACUGGCUUGAGAUUAGAAUUAUUCAGUUGUUUGUAAGAUCAAAGCACAGGUGGUUUUAAAGAUAACAUGUAUGUUUUAAAAAAUUGCCCAAGCUAAUUAGAACAAGUUUAGAAAUUGGGUACAUUUGGUUCAAGUGCUGCAAUGUGCAUGUACUAAAUAGCUUUACUUUGUGUGUAUGUGUACUUAUAAUGUAUAGAUGUACUGCCCAGGUUUUGUCAAAUCAUCUUUUUUAAAGCUUUUUUUUUAAUUGCUUCAGGACUUUUGUAGGAGAGGCUAAUAUGUUUAAGUAGAAGAUAUUACUGAUGGUAUUUUCCCCGUGUUCCUACAUAUAAAAUAAAUAUUUCCAUUUUAUAGCUUUUUCAGUGUACAGAAGAGGGUUACUUCUUCAUCAAGUAUGUUGCCUUUGAGGACACAGCAAAACCCUUCUAUAUGUAUCUUCAUUGAUAGUGGCAGUUAAAAACAAAGUCAUCCAGUUAAGACUCGAAAGGUGACCCAUAAUUAAUUGCAUGGCCUUAAAAGGCAGAAAUGCAGGAGUGUAGCAAGCAUCAUCUUAGAUGGCUAUGGUUCCUCUUCCGCAUCUGUCAGUAGUUCACUUAUGUUCAGUCUUAGAACCUAUUGGAAAAGCAAAGUAAUUUCUCUGUCUUGUGCAGAGGCACUUAGGAGCUGAGUUACAUCUUAAUCUAGGGGAAUGGAUGAUAAAUGGAGUACAGUUAUGUUAAUGGAUGUUUUCCCUUCCCCCUCUCAAAAAAAGUUUCAAUGUUUGUUUUGCCCAGUCAAAAAUAUAGGUCUUUUCUAGAUAUAAGAACAGUGACCAGAAAUUUUCCCUUUUGCUAAAUGCUUAGGUAUUUGCUAUAGCUGUUUCUGAUGUCAUGGAUUCUGAGGAAGUGUCAGUUACGUGAUGAUCUUCCUUUAUUGUUGUCUUACUUCAUCAUGUUCAGUGUUUUAAAAAUAUAAAUUACAAACACUCUACAACCAUACCCAGAUUUACUUAUUUUAUCAGAAAAAAAAAACUUGAGAAAUUUGUAGAUCAAAUUGAGAGACAAUAAGUGUACAUUGUUGAAUAAAAAAUUUUAAAGUUU